AUGGCCGAUCCAGCUACCCCCACCACCAACCAGAGAAUCAGGAUUGACGACAAUCUUGAGAAGCCCGACAGGGUCACAUCGGGCUCGACCAUCGACGAGUGGCAGAAAUGGCAGCGUCCUGACGUCGGAUCGAGCACCGGCGUCGCUGGCGGCAUCUUCUAUGGCCGAGACCUGAACCGCGUCGUCUCCCACAAGCGGAGCCUGUCGCGCGCUCGCACCAGGGACUCGACUGUCGAGGUGGAGGAGAACGGCGAUGAUUGGCGACGCGACGAUGGGAGGAAGAAGCAGGUCUUCACCGGAACGACGCUCAUUUGGCUCGCGUACCAGUCGAUUGGUGUCAUCUACGGUGACAUUGGAACCAGUCCCCUCUAUGUAUACUCUUCGACCUUCUCGGACACCCCCAACAAGAACGACCUCACCCAGGUCCUUUCUCUCAUCAUCUGGUCUCUCACUCUCAUGGUCACGGUCAAAUAUGUCUUCAUCAUCCUCCAUGCAGACAAUGAGGGCGAAGGUGGUACCUUCUCCUGCUACUCCCUCUUGACCCGAUAUGCCAACAUCACCACCGUCGACCCUCGCGAGGAAGCCACCCUCCACUUCGAACGCUACAAUACCCAAGACGUCCGCCCGGCCACCCGCGGCAUCCGCAGCGCCAUCGAGAAGAGCAAAGUCACCCGAGGCUUCCUCAAAACCAUCGGGGUCCUCGCCGUCUCCAUGGUCAUCGCCGACGGCAUCCUGACCCCGGCCCAGUCCGUCCUCGGCGCCAUCCAGGGCCUCUCCGUCGUCAAGCCCGACAUCAGCACCGCCACCAUCGUCGGCACCACCUGCGGCAUCCUCGUCCUCCUCUUCCUCAUCCAGCCCCUGGGCACCACCAAGCUCGCGGGCGCCUUCGCGCCCAUCGUCAUCAUCUGGCUCGGCUUCAACGGCGCCUUCGGCAUCUACAACCUCGUCAAGUACGACUACACCGUCCUCAAGGCCUUCAGCCCCUACUACGCCAUCCACUUCUUCAUGGAGAAGAAGACGGAGGGCUGGAAGAUGCUGGGCGGCGUCCUGCUCUGCUUCACCGGCGUCGAGGCCCUCUUCGCCGACCUCGGCGCCUUCAGCAUGCGCGCCGUGCAGAUGAGCUGGCUGCUCUGGACGUACCCCUUCCUGAUCCUCGCGUACAGCGGCCAGGCGGCCCACCUCGCCGUCUUCCCGGAGAAGUUCACGAACCCCUUCUUCAACACCGUUCCCCCGGGAAUGCUCUACCCGAGUCUGAUCCUGGCCGUCCUCGCGGCCAUCGUCGCCUCCCAGGCCAUCAUCACCGCGACCUUCCAGCUCUCCUCCCAAAUCAUGAAGCUCUCCUACUGCCCGCAGAUGAAGGUCGUCCACACCUCCGACACCUUCCACGGCCAGGUCUACGUGCCCCUCCUCAACUGGCUCCUCAUGCUCGGCACCAUCCUCGUCACGGCGGUCUACAACAACACCACCUCCCUCGGCCACGCCUACGGCGUCUGCGUCAUCUUCGUCACCUUCUUCGACACCCUCAUGGUCACCCUCGUCGCCAUCCUCGUCUGGCGCUUCCCCGUCUGGGUCAUCUUCGUCCCCUUCCUCGCCUUCGCCACCCUCGACGGCCUCUACCUCUCCUCCGCCCUCAACAAGGUCCCCGACGGCGCCUGGUUCACCCUCAUGAUCUCCGCCCUGAUGGCCGCCAUGUUCCUCCUCUGGCGCUUCGGCAAGGAGAACCAGUGGCGCGCCGAGAAGGAGGACCGCUUCCAGCCCAGCGCGCUGCUGGCCAAGCUCGGCGACGGCAAGCUCGCCCUCACCCCGCGCUGGGGCGGCGACCUGCUCUCCCCCGUCAGCGGCUUCGGCAUCUUCUUCGACAAGACGGGCAUCCAGACGCCGAGCGUCUUCACCCACUUCGCCUCCAAGCUCGGCGCCCUCCCCGACGUCUCGGUCUUCUUCCACCUGCACCCCGUCGAGGUCCCCUCCGUCCCGGACGCCGAGCGCUACCACAUCUCCCGCUUCGCCAACAUCCCCGGCUGCUACCGCCUCGUCGUGCGCCACGGCUUCAUGGACGAGGUCGUCAGCCCCGACCUCGGCGCCCUGAUUUACGAGCAGGUGCGCAGGUUCGUCGUGAGGCAGGCCAUCGCGAAGGCGGCGACCGCGAGCGAAGGUGAGACCGCGACGACGAUGACGUCCUGGGACGAGACGGAGGGGCCCCCGGAGCUGCGGGACGAGAAGGUCUCGGCGGAGUUGACGAAGCUCGAUCGCGCUUACGCGCACAAGGUCUUGUAUAUCGUGGGCAAGGGACAGAUGCACAUCCGAACGGGGACGAACAUCUUCAGGAGGCUUGUGCUGGGGACGUUCCUGUGGAUGAGGGAUAAUACGAGGGCCAAGAUUGCGAAUCUAAGGCUGGCUAUGGAUAGGGUUGUCGAGGUCGGUUUUGUGAAGGAGAUUUAG